AUGAAGGAGAAGGUGACUGGUGAAAGCGAGUGGCUUUUCCUCGGCUGCCUGCUCUGCUUCACAACUCUUUCGGCCAACAACCUACCUGCCAAUUUAAAUCUGUUCGUUGUGUUCGUCCACCCGGUUGCCCUUUCCCUUUUGCAACCUUACGUCCCUGUUUAUCGAUCUGCACUUUUUCCCAGUGCUCUUCUGCAACCCGGCGACAGAAAGAUUUCGUGUUUGAAGGUCGACAAUACAUUCCCUCGAUCCUUAAUAUCGUAG